AUGGAUCAUCCAAAAGAGUCUUCAUUAAAAAUGAUGCUCACUCCCAACAGUUGGUUUGGCUCAAAUUAUAAAGAUUCCAGGUCAACUUCAAUUGAAAUUUCCGAACUUCACAAGUAUCAUGUUUUUAUUCCCGCGAUCAUUAGUUACGAUACUUCCCCUUCAAAUUGCUAUAUUGAAUAUGAAAAUACUGGAACUAUUCUUCAUGAAUAUAAAGUACCUGUUGAGAUUGGAAUAAAGUAUAGCUGGAUUUAUUUUAUAGCUGAUCAAUUAGAACUUUUACAUGCUAACGGAUACAAGCAUCGUAAAGUCAGUUCUUCCUCAAUAAGAAUCGAUACAAAUAAUUUUCCACAUUUAGCAGAAUAUGAAGAAGCAGCAAAAGUUAUACCGUAUUCAUCUUCGAAUUUUCAUGGAUCUGGCAUGUAUUCAGCUCCCGAAGUUUUGGAAAGCGCUAAUUACACUCCUAAAUCCGAUAUUUAUUCUCUCGGAUGCCUUUUCUACUUUAUUUUUACGCGAAACGAGCCAUUUUCGAGGGUUGAACGCCUUUAUAAACAUCUUAUGUUAAAAAUAGAUACAUUUGAAGGGGCUUUAAAUUCAAUAACUAUAAUUGAACAAAAUAUGGAUAGUUCUGAUUGCUAUAACGAAUGCGACGUUAUUAUCGAAGCUUUGAAAAUACUUGAAAAUUCGGGAAUUCCAAAAAUCUCAAAACCUCUUGAAGAUAAAAACUAUGCACUAAAUGACUUGAUAGAUGACUUGACAGAUGACAACACAAAUACCUUCAGAUUCCUUAAAGAGCUAAAAACGAUGUUUUCAAAUGCUCUUCAAUACGUUAAGGAUUCUUAUGAAAAAAAAAUGAAGAAGAUAUGCAAAGAAGAGAGUUCUUCGUGUGUUACUGAAGAUUACCCACUUAAAGACAUUGCUAUUCAAUGUUUGGCAACUAAUCCGGAAUCCAGACCAAAUGCAGGCGAAAUCAAGAAAAUGAUUCUUGAAGAGGCUGAGAAGUUGCAUGAGGAUCAAAGAGCUGUUUUUAAUUUGCAAAUACAGAAAGGUUAUCUUAAAAUUGCCGAGAAUUUAAUCAAUCACAAUGAAUACGAUUUGGCAAUAGAGAAACUCAGUAAGAUAAAUCUCAAAGAAUUGAUCCCCGAAUACGAGAGAUUAAGAAGUUUAAUUCCAUAA